GAGAAUGGAAGAGUUACGGAAGCUUGAGAAAGUGCAGAGGAUGGUCCAAUUCAUGGAAUCACGUGCCCUCCUCGUGACUCAUUCAUCCUCCAACGAUCAUGGCCGCCGCUUCCUCGCUAAUCUCAUGCUCUUCUUGGUCAGUCCCCAAAUCCGAAAUCCCCACUCUACUCUACAAUUCAUAACCUCCGCUUUCUUCAUUGCUCAAAACGACAUGCGUUUCAGUUACAACCCUGCGGAGGCGGAGACCUUUCCAUCAACGACAAGUGCUCAUUGCUCUCUGACCUUAUGCCUCGAUUUUCUUCUUUCAUUUUUUGCAGCUCUCCUCUGAAGUUCUGGAAGAAGCGUCUGUUUGGAUAAGUGAAGACCUCGUCGCCAUGCAAGAAAACGAUGGUUUUCAACAAAAUCAUGUUGAAAAUGCCUUCCAUGGUUGCAAUCAAUUGGAGUAUAAUUUAUUGCAAAGUUAUAAUGAAAACAAGGCCAUGGUCAGUCUGGAUUCCAUGGAAAAAGCAAACUCCACCCUUGAGGAUUUUUGCAGAUCUUAUUUUAUGUUUCAUGAAUUGGAUGUAACAAAGCCACAAACAGUCUUCAAAUACUUGCCUAUUCUUUCAUUCACAGAAAGUUAUAUCUAUCAGCUUGAUAAAAUGAAUGAGAAACUGCUGUCUACACCAACCAAUGGAAAGUCUGUACAUGGAGGAAAAGAUGAGAAAACAACCGAAGUGUUGGCUUCCUACUUUUCAAAUGAUCCUGUUCAACCACUGGUGACACUUCUCAAACAUAAAGGUCUUUUGACAGACAGGAUAAGAGAAGAACUUACACUUGGAGAAGAGUAUUGGGCUCUUGAAAGAAAACUUUGUUACGCGCUUGUAAACGAAAAAGAGAUUCUUAUUGAAGAUGUCAUGAAGGCUAUUCAUUUGAAGUCUUUUGAUUAUCGAGUGUUGAAUCUUCUCCUAUAUCAACUGCGAGGAGCUGAGGUUGAGGAGUUGCAUAUGGAGUUUCUUUCAGUUUCAGAGUUCUUGGUGGAAGUUUCUGAUGAUCUGUAUGACUAUGAGGAUGAUGUUUUAGAGAAUAAUUUCAACAUUUUGCGGAUGUUUGUCAGAAUAUAUGGAGCUUCAACUGCUCCAGCUAUGUUGGCUAAGUGCAUUGGCGAGGCUGAAGACAAGUAUGAAAGUUUGCUGAAUUCACUGGAUCCACAACUGUCUCAGAGUUACAAGAAAAGAUGUGCAGAAGCCACUAAAGAAGGUGGAAAGGUGUCAGAGCACCCUCUUGGCACGUGGGUGAUUCCAACCGUGAUUCCAGAUGAGGAACUGUAUCGGUCAAAAUUGAAGUCUGAUACUUCGUAAUGGAAACCUGAACUGUGUUAAUGGCACUUGGAUCUUGUUGACUCAAAACAGGUUAUGUUGGAUUCAGAAAUAAUCAAGAAAGUUUGUGUCUAAAGUCUAAACCCUCGUAAGUUAAAGUUUAUAUAGACUAGGAGCAUUAGGUAUACAAUUCGAGAGUUCUGGAGGUACCAUUUUUUUAUGACUUGGCCUUCCGGAUCUGGAAUUCUGAAUCCUAUAUUACCUUAAUUUGGCUUGAGGAAUUUUGACUUCAUGCUUAGAAGUUAUAUUUGUGACUACAUUUGUGACUACCGAAAGAAUGAAUUUACUUGCAAGUUAUUCACUUGACUAUUUCGAGGUUGUUUGGGAGAGUUUCUUGACUAAUCCAAUUGUGCAUGUAUUAUGAUUUGUUUUCUAAAUCAAGAAAUUGUAAAUGAAA